AUGAAUCAACUGCUCAAACAAGCUACACAACUUGAAAAUAAAAUUGAACAAAAGUUAAUCACUUACCAAAAUUUAGCAACCAAGAUAGAGGAUGAAUUAUUCCAAGAACCAAUAGUAUCUAACAAUAUAUCAACAUCGGAACAGUUGUUUGAAGCAAUAACGGAGGAAAUUGACCAUUUAUUAAAAGAGUUACGAGAAGUAAAUGAUAGGAUGAAGGAAUUUAUUAAAGAUGAAAAUAAUCAUUCAAUAUUAUCAUCAUCAAUUGUGUAUCAAUAUGAACAACAUGAAACAUUUUUUAAUAGAAUUAAACAAGAAUUUAAAUCGAGAAGACAAAGAUUAGCAAAUAAGAAAAAUAGGAAUGAUUUAUUGUAUAUUUCUGAUGAAGAGGAUGUAAAUAAUGAAAAUGAUUCGUUGUUAGGAUCAUCACGUGAAUCUGAAAUUCAAAGAUUAAGAGAUACCAAUAUAAGAAUGCAAAAUUUAAUUACACAAGGUCACACUUCCAAAGCAGCUCUAGAAGAACAAAUGGAAAUAUUUAGAAAUUUUGAUAGAGUUCUUAAUAAUAUGAAAGGUAAGUCAAUUUUAAUUUGA